AUGCGACCCCAGGAUCUGAGAUGUCUGAAGCUGCUCUGCCUCCUAGAAGCCAUCUCUUUAUUGCCUUGCACUGAAGCUCUUCUGUGCUAUGAGGCGACAGCGUCAGCCUUCAGGGCGGUGACCUUGCAUAACUGGAAGUGGCUUCUGCUGAGGAGCAUGGUGUGUAAGCUGAGAGAGGGCUGCGAGGAGACGGUGGUGUACAUCGAGACCGGGGCCAGUAGGGGAAUUUUGAGUUUUAAAGGCUGCACCACGGCCUUGUCGCAUCCUCCACAAGUCUCCUAUCUCGUGGCUCCACCCGGAGUGUCCAUUGCCUCCUACAGCCACAUCUGCCGGUCCUACCUCUGCAACAAUCUAACCAACUUAGAGCCUUUUGUGAGAUUCAAGGCUAGCCAAACUAAGUCCAUAGCACUGUCUUCCAAAAAGUGUCCAACCUGCUUGGGCAAACACGACGCGGACUGUCUUCCGAGCUUCGUCACCACUGAGCCUUGCCCCUACGUCGCUUCUUCCUGUUUCAGUUCCACCUUAACAUUCCAGGCAGGGAAUCUCAAUACCACCUUCCUCAUCAUGGGCUGUGCUCGUGACUCAGGGAAGAUUUUAGCAGAUUUUCAGCGCAUUGGGAGCAUCAAAGUGACAGAGGUCGUCAACAUCAUAGAAAAGUCGCAGACGGCCAGUGCAGGGCACUGUACUCGAGGCCCUUCUUGGAGUGUCCUUAUGUGUCCUCUGUUUAUUUUCAGAGACUGA